AUGUCUCUCUCUUUCCAUUAUUCGGCGCGGCCCAAGCCACGCAAUACGUUCCUUACGUUCCUGCACUUCACUCUUUUUACCCUUUCUUUCUUCUUUCGCACCUCCGCCUCUAUCAAAGUGCCUUUCCAGCUUCCCGCCAGUCCUGGGUAUCAAGGUAGCCUCAUUGACGACGUCGUCCUGCAUGAAGACUCUCACGCAGAGAGCAACCGAACCGGAAACUGGACUUCCCUAACUUGUACGGAUCCGGCCAUCCAAGAUGCCCUGUGGAUGCCGUGCGCUCAGCGCUGGGCGCAGCUAGACGCUUCCAGUGCUUGGUCCGAUGCCAUCAACGUCUGGAAGAGAAUUGAUAAGCCCAAAAUGCAGCCUGCUGCAAAGGAAUUCUCCCGGUCCAUCAUGAACACUUUCCAUGUCGAUGAGACGAUGAAUUGCGGGCUACCAGCUCCAAAUGGCAACUGUUUCAACGCCAAAACAUGCGGAUCGUUCCACGACUUCGGAAAGGGCACCGGUGAUUCGGGUGCUGCGGCAAUGGUGAUCUAUAAUUCUCUCACAGUGAUAAACUCGGCGUUCUCCCAAUUCUACGCUGCCAUCAACGCAGUUGCUGGAACAUACAUCGACACCCAGCUCCAGGACUUUGAGACCACCUUCGCAACGGUACCUUCGCCUCCCAGUGACACAUGGCUAGAGGUCUUGGUCAACCUUUUAGGCCUUGGAAUCACGGUGAUAACUGCGCCAUACUUUGAAGGAGUCUUCACAAAUCUACCGGCUCUUAGUAUCUCUCUGGGAGCCUCUGGCGCCAACAACACUGCCAAUAUCACCAGCGCCAUCGUGGCGUACGGAGCCUCAAUUGCGAGCAAUUCACUGUCGAAAGGGCCAGGUAAAUGGACACCAAAGUAUCAAGAUAGCUUCACCGCUACACUGGGGUCGGUAGUCUACGGCUGGUCUGCCACGGCCCAAGACCAACUGUGGAAUUUGUUUAAUGGAUCAGAUGCCUCCAUCAGCCUUCUUAGUACCAUGAUUGCCAAUGGUAACCUCAUUGAGGGUGGGGGCGAGAGCCCAUCGGUAGACUACCUAACAAACAACCAGAUUAACGCCCAAAUCGAGAGCUACAUCAGCAAGGCCUUCUUCGGCUUCGCCAUCCCAUCCCUAUGGUCUGUCUCCGGCACCGCUGCCUUCGUCGUCGACUCGGGCCAUGACUGCAAUGCGCAAAACCCAUUAUCCGACUACAUGACUGCAUCCACCCAAGAGUCCACUUAUGCAUGCUACGAUAACAAGUUGUACUAUCUGGUCCAUCCCCACGGCAAGUGGAAAGGUUGUUCCAGUAAGGACAGUGGGUCGACAUCAACGUGCUCUGACCAGACAUAUUUCACUGCGCCACCAGGACUGAGCUCACUCGGCUCAGGGUCUUGGGGGAACAUCACUGUGUCUGAUCUGAUUAUCGGGUCCGUUCGAACCUACGUCGCCAAUGGCAAUGCCAACGGAGGACCUGUCGCCAAUCCCUUGGACAAAGAUACUCUGAAAGAUCUAUCGAAACAAGACAUCACCACUCCCGGCUAUAUUCGCCUCCCAGUGUGCAGCCCUCAGGUGGCCUGGUCCUCGUGGUCCACCCCGUCGCAGUCCAACUCUAGCGAUCCGAACUACCCCUGUAACCCGUUGCAGGGCAUCACCAAGUGCAGCGGCUACACCUACCAGGACGAGACCUCGUCCGCUUCCCCGAAUGUGUCUGACUGUCAAACUAUCGUAAAGAAUAUCCAGGCCACAAGCCGCAAGUGGACUACUGGUAUCGGUCACCAACGCGACAUUGCUAAGUCCGGGUCUUGCCAUUUUGGUGUUCAGAAUGUUGGCGUGACUGGUGAUGUUACUUAUCACACUGGCAGUCAGGAUAUUGUUACUAUUAUCAACGAGGCAAUCUCCAAGUACGCCUCUGAUGGUCUUGUUGGUGCGAAGGGGUACAUGGAGUGUGGUGGCGAUGCAGGUAAUCAGAAGGUCGAGUGGGGUAUAUAUUAG